GGCUCCUCUUAUCUUACCUACGUUUGUCCGUAUUUACGGGACACCCAAUGGCUCUCUUCAAUUUUCAUUGUUCGUCCAUCUCUCUGCUUUCAUGUUCCAAAACACACAGUGUUGUACGUGGCAUGCCUGCACUCAAUGCAAAUGGUUACAAGUGUGAUUUCAUGUUGGGUAGUCCCAUUAGAAAAAUGAGAUUUGGUUUGAAGGUUGAUAAAGUGAGGGCUGUAAUAUCUGGAGAAGGAGAUCUACUGUCUCAUCUCAACAACUAUACAAGUCCCCAAAAAGAUGUUUUAAUAGAGAAACUGACAGAGGAACCAAUUAGAAUUACACAUCAACUUGAUACAUUUGCUUUUGGAACAGUUUCUGAAGAGAUUAAUCCUAUAAUCAAUGGCUUCUUUGCUGAUAGUAAUGAACAUCAUCUGGAUUGUCCUACACAAGGGUUUUCGUCUAUCCCAGAGGCCAUUGAAGAUAUUCGUCAGGGAAAGUUAGUUGUUGUUGUAGAUAAUGAAGACAGAGAAAACGAGGGAGACCUAAUAAUGGCAGCAUCAAUGGUAACACCACAAGCAAUUGCUUUUAUUGUCAAGCAUGGAUCUGGGAUAGUGUGUGUAAGCAUGAAGGGAGAAGACUUAGAAAGGUUGCAAAUCCCAUUGAUGGUGACACAGAAAAAUAACGAAGAAAAACUUUGCACUGCAUUCACUGUGACAGUGGAUGCAAAGCGAGGCACUACAACAGGAGUGUCUGCUCAAGAUAGAGCAGCAACAAUAUUGGCACUUGCAUCUAGAAAUUCAAGGCCUGAUGAUUUCAAUCGCCCAGGUCAUAUCUUUCCCCUGAAGUACAGAGAAGGAGGAGUUCUUAAAAGAGCUGGACACACAGAAGCUUCAGUUGAUCUUGCUGUGUUGGCUGGUUUAGAACCUGCAGCAGUUUUAUGUGAAGUAGUAGAUGAUGAUGGUUCAAUGGCAAGGUUACCACAGCUUCGACAAUUUGCAGCACAAGAAAACUUGAAAAUCAUAUCAAUUGCUGAUUUAAUAAGAUACAGAAGGAAGAGAGAAAAAUUGGUGGAGUGUGCUUCAGCUGCAUUGAUACCCACCAUGUGGGGACCUUUCAAAGCUUAUUGUUAUCGGUCAUGUCUGGAUGGGAUUGAGCAUAUUGCAAUGGUUAAAGGUGAGAUAGGUGAUGGGCAUGACGUACUUGUGAGAUUACAUUGUGAAUGUCUCGUCGGUGACAUUUUUGGUGCAACAACGUGUCAAUGUGGAAACCACUUAGCACUUGCAUUGAAGCAAAUUGAAGCGGCAGGUAGGGGUAUCUUACUUUAUCUCCGCGGUCAUGAAGGUAGAGGCAUUGGCUUAGGCCACUUUGUUCGUGCUUCUCACUCGGCAGAUGACAAGUACGAAAACUAUGAAGAAUUGAAGUUAUCUGGUGAUUCUGGUGAUUCUAGUGAUUAUGGUAUUGGAGCACAGAUACUACGAGAUCUACGAGUUCAUACAGUAAGGUUAAUGACAAAUUAUUCUGCUGAGAACGAUGGGUUCAAAGGUUAUGGCUUAAGAAUUGUGGGAACAGUUCCUCUUUUGACAUCACUAACUGGACACCACCUAGAGAGAUCAUGAAAUACUUGAAGAUUAAACAUGUAAAAUUGAUACGUUUGAUUGGUAUUUGAUUUCAACAAUCAUAUGAAUACAGCAUUAUGACAGAAAAUUAAAAUAAUGGCCAACUGCUCCUCUGGUAGCAGGAUGUCUCAUACAAGUAGGUCAAUUUUGGGUAAAUUAUUACUUGCAAUAUAUCAUAUAUUAUUUAAUCUAUAAACGUGAAGUGUUGCUGUUAU